AGAUAGAAGAAAGAUUGCAUCUGAGGCACGAGAAACGUUUGCUUCCUUAUUAAAAAUUCAGCUGUGCGCAUAUCGUCGAUCUUUGAGUCUUCAUACGGCCGUAAAUAAAUAAGAUAUUAUCAUCUUCGUCCCGGGGGACGGUCGCGAGGGUCCGCGAGGGUGAUGCUCCUGGUGAGCGGAAGUGAAGAGCCCCAGGCGGCUUUUCUCCCUUCGUGCUCAUCGAGGGUGGAGAAGAAGAAGGACUGCAGCGGGGUCGGUCCCUGGCCUGCGGGCAGCAGCUGUAGCUGAAACUGGAAGCGGCCAGCGGGGAGGAGUGCCUCGUGGUGCACGGCGGUGCUCCUCUAACGGCGGCUAGAAGGGAGUUAUGGUGUCUCGCGCAUGCAAUGCCUGUGGCCGCCGCAGCCGUGGCACUGUGGCAUCGUGCCCAUCUCAAGGCGCUCGCCUGCAUCGUCCUCGCUCUGAUCGCCGUUCAGUAUCUGCUUAGCGGCGGCGUGCUCGAUCGUCGCUCCAUCGAGACCAUCUUCACGAUCAACGCGACCAAAUACGCGGAUCGCUCGUACAGAACCCACCCGCGCGGUUUGAUCAUAUACGGUCAACCUACCAUCGUACCGAGUUUAGCCGCGGGUGGCAAUGUAUCCUCGACGACGCUACUCACAAUAUUGGCCAAGGGCCUCACGAACGCGUCCAAAUCCGAGACGGUGCCGGUCAGAAACCUGGUCGCCGGCAGUGGAACCACGCGAGAGCUUCCGGUGGCAAAUGCGACUAGCAACGCAACGAUGCCACGGUGUCCCCUUAUCCCACCGAAUUUGGUUGGACCGGUGGUCGUUAGUAAGUCACCGCCACUGUUGUCCGAAAUGGAGAAGUCAUUCGUGGAGGUGAAGGCGGGCGGCACAGGUCGGCCCGCAGACUGCGUCGCCAGGCAUCGCGUCGCCAUAAUCAUUCCAUUUCGCGAUAGACCGCAGCAUCUGCAGACCCUCCUCUACAACCUGCAUCCGAUCCUGCUGCGACAGCAGAUCGAUUAUCAGAUCUUCGUGAUCGAGCAGGAAGGUACCGGGGCCUUUAACCGAGCAAUGCUCAUGAACGUCGGCUACGUAGAGGCUCUAAAAGAAAGAACCUUCGACUGCUUCAUCUUUCAUGAUGUUGACUUACUUCCGGAGGACGAUAGAAAUCUGUACACUUGUCCCGAGCAGCCCAGACAUAUGUCGGUUGCGGUGGACAAAUUCAAGUAUAGGCUACCCUACGCCGAUCUCUUCGGCGGCGUGUCCGCGAUGUCGCGCCAACACUUCCAGCUGGUCAACGGCUUCAGCAACGUCUUCUGGGGCUGGGGCGGUGAGGACGACGACAUGGCGAAUCGCAUCAAGGCCCAUGGUCUGCAUAUCUCGCGAUAUCCGGCAAACGUCGCGCGCUACAAGAUGCUCACGCACAAAAAGGAGAAGGCCAAUCCGAAGAGGUAUGAAUUCCUGAAGACAGGCAAGAAAAGAUUCUCCACUGAUGGAUUGGCUAAUCUGCAGUACGAGCUGAGCGACAAGCGGAAGCCAAAGCUGUAUACGUGGCUCUUAGUGAGACUGACGCCGCCGCAGCCCAGCUGAUGGCUACCAUGGCUCGGCUGAAGGCUCCUUGCACACCAAGCUUAUAUCUGUAGUGAGGUCAAUGCGAUUGUGUCGCGAAACCGCGACCCUGGAGCUCGCCGCUCGUCAAAGAAGCAAGACUAAAGACGAAAGACAUUUCCGCGAAAGCCGCAGAGAGAAACGCGAAGUUGUUCUCCGAAGACACUUCCUGGAAAUGCUGGAAUUUCGAUUCAUCGACGAAGAGAGACGAGAUCCUGAAUGCACCGGCCAUUUUUAUCCCUAACUGACCUAGCUUCGGCCAUACAAUAAAUAAUUGUAUUACAGAAUAUGGCUCGUUGGAAAGAAAUGAAUAGUUCGAGUGAGAUUAAUGAAUAAUUAGAAACAGAAUAAUGAGAAACGCUUCGUAAGAUUUUAUUAACUUCAAUUACGAGUUACCUGUAUACUGACACGGCCUCUCUGUAUUCAGGAUCGUCGAUUGAUCCUGUCGUUCUUCCGUUCACCGUUUCGCCGAAGAUCGUUCUUAUAAUAUUGUCUUUCUCUCCGACCAAAAAAUUAGUAAAAGCCGAACAGCUAAAUUUAAAUAUCUCAUUUGCAUACUAUAUUAUUCGAAGAGCUCUAAGAUAAAAAAUUGCUGGGAAUCUGGCGUGCAGAAGGUGCACAGGAUCAACGAUUGGAUGGAGCGCGUCAGUGGUAGGGAUAGGGAGAGGAAAGAUGCUUCCACGUUGGCGGUUUGUCGAGUAAAUCUCGCCGCUGCGUAAGGAUCUCGUCUUCAGUUUUCUCCUCUCACGGAGGGGAUGUUGUUACGUGAUAUAUUUUUAUUCCUCAUAUUUUUUUAUCGCGAUGAUAGGUUAAAGAGCGAGUAGAAAAUAGCAUACGAGCUGACGUGCCAAAGGAGAAUGUACAUGAGUGUAUGUGUGUACGUGCGUGCGUGUGCUGUACGAAAGAAAGGAGGAACAGAAAGCAGGAAGGGAAUACCCAAGAGAACGAAGAAGCUUCAAUAUCCUUCUUAGAGCCGAGCUACGGUAUUAUGUGCGCAAAACAAGCUGUUGUCGCUCGAGAGGACUUUAGAGAGCUUUCCGCUUUUACGGCUUAUACAUCGUAACCACCAAGAGGUGAUCACCGUACAUGAUCAAGCCUCGUUAGCGAACAGGAAUAAUUAGACAGUGAAAAUUGGAGAGAGCGUACAAUCUCGUAUGACCUGUUAAUGAUAAUAAAUCGCUCAGUAAUCUAUUUGGAUUUUAACGAUUCGAGAGUCAAUUUCCAACAUUCAGAUCCUUUCGCUAACGAGGAGCCUCUACGGUGCUAAAAAUAGACUGGAUUAGGAUGCGUAAUGAAAGGGACAGAGGGGCGGAUAAUAUCGCGGGUAAAGUUUCUUGUAGGGUUAAUUAUACGAGAUAUAAUGCGAGAGGUUUCGAAUCGCUUUCAAAGUCGCAUAUCGCUCGUUAUAUCUUGAUCCCGAGUGUGCUCUAGGUUCGUAACUCGAGCUCUCGUAGCGGGAUCGGAGCUUAUUUUUUUACGGGGCUGUAAAUUAUCAGUUGGCUUCGUUGCUAGGGGGAUUGAUUUUUUGAUCGAUAUCAGCGCGAACGGCUGUGCGAAACGAAGAAACGGUACUUAAUUGUUGUUUGUCAUUUGGUGAACGAGCAUCGAGUGUACGCGUUUUCAUUUGUCCGCGUAUAUUUAGGCACGAAAGAGAAAUUGUGCGCUUUAUGAGAAAUAAAGAUGCUUCCAUGUAUCUAUUUCAUACAUUUGCGAAAUAAGAACUGCAAACUCCUUCUACAAACGACUUGAUUUCCAAGUUUAAUUGCAUUAAUAUCAAUUAAAAUUGGAAAAGUUUCUUUUUCAAGAGGAGACCAGUUUCUAACUUAAAUGUCAGCUAAGUUUAACUUUAGUUGAACUAUUGCUGUAUCUCUUUAAAGAAACUAAAAGUAAAAAGAAUCACUUAAAACAAGAUUGAAUUUAACAGGAGCAGUUGGAAAAUCUUAAUGAAAAAUCAUUAACGAGAAGAAAAAUUUUUUAUGAACAGAUUAGCAGUAACUGAUUAUUCAAUUUGCUCCUAGAAUCGAGUCUCAAUUAUAUUGUUAUUUGCAUCAUACACCUAUUUAAUGAGUGGAUGGAAGAGGUCCAUUUGGAUAUACGCGAGCGAGAAGAUUUAUAUGCGGAACGUUAGCAAGCGCAGUCAAGACUUAGAAUACACUAACAUAUCACGUCUUGUCAUAGACACAUGUGUGAAACUUCACUGUGCUGUGGACGAGCAUACUUAAGCGUCUUAAGCGCAAGCGAGAGCACGGGCUGUGAAUAAUGCGUCUUUUUGCGGUUGAAUGAAUUACGAGGAGGAGCAGGACAGUAAUCCGACUUGUUACGACGACGAGCGACACAAUUAACAUCCUUUUCCUUCCGCAUCGCGCAAUCAGCAGCCGAUCGAUACCUUAUCCCCGUCAUUUCAGAGCUCUCUGAACUCAUCCAGCGACUUUACGAAGUUCUCUGGCUUAUCACUUUGCGUUUUACGAUUUUUGAAAAGUUUUUCUUGAGGUCUUUCACUAAAUGCUAAUAUCAGUCGUUUAAUAAUAACUAAAGGAAUUCUAUAUAUUGCUGCACUUAAUUAUUUAUUUAUUUAUUUAUUUAUUUAUGACAAGACUAGAAUUAUAUUUUAAAAUGUUGACAAGCUUGUUGUUUGAUUAAUUUAAUUUUUACUACUUUUCAUUUAUGAGCAAAGAGAAUUCUAUAAUCACAAACGCGAAGUGAUAGAACGCUAUAAUUACUUGGUGAAGGUAUAGGAAUCAGCUGAUGUUCGCGUUGUAUAAGACGACAUGAAGAUUCUGACUGAGAAAUACAUGAUAUGCGGGAAAUGUAUUGGGUGUACGCUUGGUGCGUUCUUAUUGCCGUUUCUGUGAUUAAACAUUCCGAUGUCGUUAUUUGAUCUGGAUGUAGAUUAUCACUUUGCGUACGUUUCGUUGUCAUUUUUCGUUGUCUAACUUGAUCGUCUAACUCAGACCCAAGACUUCUAAAUUAUCUAAAUACGCUGUUUUCAUGUAAUCAAAUAUACCAAUUUUUCUAAUUAAAGAAAUGGUUGGAAAAUUAAAAAGUACGGAUAAGAAAUGCUUUCUUCAAAGAAAGUAAAAUUAAUAAAGAGUAAUUUCCACAAUUUCAGCACAAUAUAACGAACAAAGGGACAAAACCACGUAUAACAGUUACCGCGCGUUUCUAGAAAUGCAAUUAUUUAAUCUCAAAAUUUACUUGUCCAAUUUAAAUUUAUGUUUAAUGCUGAAAUUGUACGCGAAAAUUCUACAAGUGUAGAAAUGGGUCAUAAAAUGAUUUUAUACUUAGAGAAAAGACAGAUAAUUAAGAGUAAAAUAAUUUGGAAGCAUAAUUUUAUAACGUGUAAAUUGUUAUUAUAGAUCUAAGGAAGAUAACUCACAAGAAGCUUGCAGGGUUUUUAAUUAAGAUGUGACUUUGUUGAAAGAUGAAAGAAUUGUUUCUAAUGUUUUUGUGGAUCACUAAUUAAUUUGCUGCCAUUGAGUGCAAAGCGGAGCGAACGUGCGAGGAAAGAAAAAAACAGUGAAGGAUAAUAUUUCAGUGUAGCUUUUAAGAGAAACCGCUGUAUCAUAUAUUAUUACCGUUAUCGAAUAAUCAGGAAUAUCUAUAAGUUAGGAUAAAAAUGAAGUGAAAGAAAAUAUUCAACGUGCGCCGCAAAAGGAGUAUAAGUUACAGUUUCCAAAGGACGCUAAAUUGCAUCGA